AUGGCGGAAGUGGCCUCAUCGAUGGAGUCAUUCCAAGACAUCCUCUCGGCCCGUCACAGCAGCAGCACCAGCCUCUCCGACGUGGACUUCCCGUCUGACGUCGGCUCCGAGAUCGAGUCCGACUCCUCCGUGCGCCAGUCCGACGGUGAUGCCAGCGAACGCGAGUUGGCCUGCUUUGAUGCAGCCAUGGAGAGCCUGGGCAACGUGCGGCUGGUGCCCGAGUUGACGAACGAGGAGCGGAUGGAGAUGCAGCUGAAGACGGCCGCCGAACAGACCGACGACGAGGGCGGCGACGCCAAGGAGGUCAAGCCCAAGCGCGAGAAGAAGGUGUGGCAAUGGGAGGACGGUGUCGACAUGGAGUUGAUGGCCGAACUCGCGCAGAAGCCCCUGAGCUACUACCAGGGCAAGAGGGACGUCCCGGAUGCGAUCGUGAAGAACUGGUUGCCGGAUGUGAAGCGACGCUGGUUCGAGCUGGAGGAACGCGUCUACAUUCUCGAGGACCGCCUCGGGGCCAUCGACCGGCCCGAUCGCUCGCUGGAGGAGGAUCGCUUUGAGAUUCUCGUCGAACUGCUCGACAAGGCCGCCCAGGGCUUUGAGAUCAACGACGAGCACGAGGUGCGGAACAUCCCGCUCGGCGAGCGCAUCCACCUCGAGGCCCGGCUGAUGGACGUGAUCACGCGGAAAUUCGACAUUAUCGACCGCAUCGUCGACGAGUUCGACAAGUUGAAGGGGGAUCAGGAUGGGGCCAACAAUGAACGAGAGUUCCUCCGCUACGAGAUCCGCCAGUGCGACCUGGAGUUCACGCUGACGCACGAAUACUUCCUGAAGUCAUACCUCGGCAUGCCGUGGCCG